AUGUCAAUAAAACGUCGACAACUAUUCGUUGGUCUUCUUGAUAAUCAAAUAUGGUCAAACGAAAAAUUACGUGCCUAUUUCAAUAAACAUGCCAGUGAAAAUGAUGAACAAUAUAUUGUUGAUUGUGACAUCAUGGCAUACAGUGAAACAAUGUUCCAAGGAAAGUCGUUUGCUUUUAUUACAUUUACUGAUUCAGCGUGUGUAGACCGUUGUAUGGCUAAAAGAGUACAAAUUACUAAUAAUCAUGGUAUUACAAUAAAACGUCUAUUACCAGAUACUAUAACUAAAUCUGAAAGACUUAUGUCAUCAAAGGAUAUUGUCAUUCGAAUAGUUUUAUCAGAUCCAUUCUUCACUGAUACAAAUAUUCAAGCAUAUUUUAGUGAAUAUGGAAAGAUUAUUGAUAUAAAAAUGCUUGAAGAAGAGGAUAGUGCUGGUAUUUGUUUCAUCACAUUUGAAGAUUUCGAUUCUACUGAUCGUGUUCUGCUCGAUACGCCACAUUAUUUAAAUGGACAAUUACUUUCUGUUCAUAAAUAUAUGGCACCCGAAUAUAUUUCUAGUUUAUCACAAUAUCGUUUUAUUGAUGAACGAAAUGGUCAUCAAGUAAAACGAUGGUAUCCUAUAUUCCGAAAUUUUAUCGAUUUUAUACAACCACUAAAGAUUUUAUAUAAAACACAAAUUGCUUUAAUUAAAUAUAAUAUGCAUAAAAAUAUUGGUUUAGGCAAUCAAAACUUAAGCAAAGCAAAAGAAAAUUUACACGAAUUUGAAAAUAAACAUAAUGAUCUGAAUCAAAAUUUUAUUCAAUUCUGCAAUUUAAAUGAUGAAUUAAAGCAACAUAUUGAAGAACUUGUCGAGAAAAAUGAGAAAAAUAAAAAUGAAUAUGAAAAACAAAUUGAAGAACAGCAAAGAAAGAAUCAGGCAUUACAAGAUGCCAUCACAUAUUUAAAUGAAAAUUCUGCACAAUAG